AUGAAUGGUAGGAAGCGUCAUCUAGACGACCAAAGCGGCAGUGAUACGCUGGAACUUCAGAGAAUGGUUAUUCGUUUUCUUUUUGUUGGAUAGGGGUCUCAAAGAACUCGUUAUUGUUCUAUGAGAUGUAUUAAACAAUUUUUUUCUCAGAUUUUUAUCAAACAUGGGCGGGACUGAAUUUUUUUAUUUUUGCGGAAUGUGAAAGCCCUCUAGGUACAAAAACUAAUCACAAUUUUUUUAUACUGUAGGGGUGAAAUUUUUCUCUUUAUAUGGUUUUUUCGUUUUUCGACAAGUAGAAGGUGAGAAAAGAAUAUUGGACUCAAAAAAAUUUAUAAAUAAACAAGUGAAUUUUCGAGAAAUCCUAUUGAAAAAAACGCUGGACACGGAAAUCCGCCCAUCACCGAUUUAAAUAAAAAUCAAGGAAUUUCAGAAGAAAUACAUGUUAUUUACCUGUAAAUAUAGCCUGUGUACCGCGACUUGGAAUUUCACCAAACGACAUUCCGCGGUGCCGCUGCGCGCCUUUGCGAAUCUCGGUCGCGCUUUUAUUUUAUUUUUUCUUUUAUUAAGGUACUCUACUUUCAUGUGCUCCCACAGCAAUAACAAUCAAUUGGAAGCGUGACCUAGAUCCGAAAGACGCUGCGCGAACGCACGCAGCGGAACCGCGGAGUGUCGUUUCAUGAAAUUUCAAUUCGUGGCACACAGACUAUACCUGAACUUAUUUAUUGAAGACUUUGCGUUAAUUGCGUACUCUAUUCGUCGCUCUGGACGCGUAAAAAUGGCUCGAAAGGACGCGUCUGGGAAAAAAAUAAGCCUAAAAACGUUGUUCGCAUAAAUGUAGGAGAAAGGUUUAUUUAACUCAAAAUCCUAUAAAUAUAUGUGUAGAAUAUAAGUUCAAUUAGGCGGAAGGCUACCAGCAAGCAGAAUCUCUUCGAAAAGCUUCAUCUAUAAUAAAUUAGGAUUCCAGAUGGGCGCCUUGAAACAGACGCUCGAGGGGAGACUCGAAGAAGUUGGCCAAGUCAAAGAUGAGAUGACUUAUUAUUCGGAAGACGCCUCUGUCAAGAGGAGCAAAAUCCACGACAUUUAUCAGCGGCGGAAGAAGAAAGUGCGAUCCGACUACGACGCAGGCCUGCGGUGUUUGAACCGAGGGCUCUACGGCCCAACAAGAUCGACGGCAGCCGAGGAAAGACGGAAAUCCGUCCAGGAGAAGUAUAACCGCGAAUUGGAACGACUGGUCUAUUGGAAGGACCUGGAGCUCGAGAAUUGGAGCUUUCUGGGCCAAAUCCGAAGGCAGAAUGUCCAUUUCCACGACAAUCUUCGCGAUCAUCUUUCUUCUUUGACGACCACCCUCGGCUAUUUUCUGAACGAUCUCCAUUGCGAUCUCGAAAUGGUUCGUUUCAAUGUUUUUUCAAUCUGAAAAAGUCAGUCUUUCCGAUUUGAAAGCCGAGAUCGGGCAAGAGUGACGCGGCUUUUGGUGUGUAUAGUCUGUGUGCCACGACUUGAAAUUUCACGGAACGACAUUCCGCUGUUCCGCUGCGUGCGUUCGCGAAGCGUCUUUCAAAUCUAGGUCACGCUUUCAAUUGAUUGUUGGCUCUGGGAGCACUUGAAAGUAAAGAACCUGAAUACAAGAAAAAAUAAAUUAAAGCGCCGACAAGGUUCGCAAAGACGCGCAGCGGCACAGCGGAGUGUCGACUAUAACUGACUAUAACUAGUUCAAACGCAACAUUGGGAAAAUCUUGGAAAAAGUAAUUUUUCAUUAUUUUGAUAUUUUUAUUCGUCCAAUUAAAUUUUUUCGAAACCAUUAAUGAUUAUAGUUUAAUGGAAACCUGUCAAAAAAGGAAAAAAAAAAAUCUAUGUUGUACCUUCAAGGUCACAUUGGGUUCUCGAAAUAUCGAUUUUCCGGUGUUUAGUCAUUUGAAACUUCAAAAAUUCAUAUCUCAGCUCAAAAUUCUCAGAAUCGGGUAAACGCCGGGUUCAAAAGGAUUCCGCUAAAUCCAAAAUACCCGUCAGAGAAAGAGAAAGAUAACCCAAUUUCGGAGAGUCAGAGAUAGUUUUUCAUUCCGCGGAAAUUACUUUGAAAAUGGAAAAAAUAACAUUCGCGUUUGAAUCCGAGUUCCGCCCCAAAAAGCCGCGCCGCGUACACAACGCGUCACCCUUUCCAAUCUACCCAUCUCGCCUUUCAAGUCGGGAUGGAUUGACUAUAACUAUCAACCUUUUUCCAGAAACAUUCCAAUCAAAUCGUCAUGUCAAUCCUCAAUUUUUUGAAAAGAAACGAAAUGACCAGGAUUCGACUCACGGAAGAACAUGCCGACCGACUGAAUUCCUUGAAAGUUUACUGUUCCGACUGGCAGAAACGGAUCGAAGCUGGGGAUAUCACCGAGAAAGAUAUCGAACCGGCUUUCGAAACUUUCUUGAUCGACCUCGAGAAAAGGCUGGAUUUGAUGAAAUCUGAUGAAGCGGAGCUGAAGAAGCUCAGAAUCAGCCUCGAGGCCUUUUUGGAGGAAAGAAAACGGCUUCUCAUUGCGUCUUUUCAUCAAAAGUCUCAGGUAAAACUAUUUCCGACGAUUUUUUUGAACAUUUUUCGGCAAAGAUUCAAGCUUACUUUUUCGAAAUAUUCUUCCAAUAUUUUCGAGUUUAGACGAUUUACGGAAAGCCUUCAAGGAUAGUUAAUGAAAACCCGAAAACAAUUCAAUUCAAUUUGAAAAUUUCUUCGAUAGUUUCAACUUUUCUCGAAACAAAAACAUAAAAAAGGUGUAGGAAAAAGAUUUUAUCGAGAAUUCGAAGAAUCUAUAAUUCCAAAAUUUUAAAUGAACUAAAUUUAGGCUGAAAAACAACCUGAAAUCAUUUUCGUGGAAAAAGUCGUCAAGGAGGAGCCGGGUGGAGAAGUUUUUUAAAAUUUUGAACAGCAAAAUAUCCUUCUUUUGAAGAUUUUGAGUACUGAAGAUCCAAAGGAACGAUUCUGGUUUUGGAGGCCUUCCAGAAUCUGUUGAUGAGCCUUCUCGUAAAGCCUCCGAGGUAAUUAAAAUAAAGGAAAACGAUAUUUUGGCAUCAAACUUCAGACAGACAACGAAAUAGAAAUCAUAGAAUCGCCAGUUUCUUUUUCCUCGAGGCAAUUUGUAAGUUUUUUUUUUGAAAUGAGAAGAUUCUAUUCUAAACUAUAAAAAAAUAUAAGAAUGGACUCUAAAAAGAUCUCGAUAAUUAAACUUUUUUGACAUGAACUAACUUUUUUUAAGCAAUUUUUUUCAAUAGGAAGCAGGUUCUGAUGAAUUUUUCAUUUUAAAAAAAUGGUGGCCUUUUUUUCAGAAAUCGACUCCGAAAAAAAUCGAAAUAAAAUGAAUGGAAAAAAAUGGCAUUAAUCAAGUGUGGCAGAAGGACCAAAAAGACGAUCUGCAAGAGAUUUUGGUAGUUUAGAAAUAGAACGAUUCUCCAAAAUCAAUUAUUUUCAGGUCAGAUUGGCUAGUUUGUCGGAAGACGCGAAGAAAUUCAUACUCGGCUUUUCUGAAGUGAGAAUAUUUUAAAAAUUAAAUGCAAAUAGUUCAUUCGCCGCGAUUUGAAAGUGCUCGAGUGUCUGCGUCUCUCUGUUCCCUCACCGGCGAGGUCAGAGAAACGUGAAAACAACACGUCAACAUGAGAGAGUAGCCGAGAGAGUAGGGAGAGCGCAGAGAAAAACAGCAGUUUCAAGUCGCGAAAAACGAACUAUAGUUUUGUGAAAAUUUUUCAAAAGUUUACUCUUUAUGAUAGUCUUAGAAUUUCACCGAACGAAAUUCCGCUGAUCCGCAGCUUGCUCGGCCGCGCCUUUGACUUUUUAAAUUUAAUUAAGAACAACUCGACCAAAAAGUGUUCGAACAGCCCAUCUAUCAGAAAUAAGAACCAAUUCAAAGUGAGACCGAAGCUCGCAAUGACGCAACGCAGCGGAGCAGCGGAAAUUAAAAUUCCAAGUCCUCGCACACAGACCACGGCGUUCCCAAACGGGGUGGCAAGACGUCAAAAACAUUUGGCGCGAAAUUUGAAAUCUACAGUACUUCAGCCGAAGGCGAUCGAACAAACAAGUUAUUAACGUUGAAUAUUCAGUGUAAUUGUGACGUAAUUUUAUCCGUAGCGCGCACUAAAUUUUUUCUGUAAAUUCAGAAACUUUGACGCCUCGCUCACCUUCACCCCCAUUAGGAAUGCCGUGCAGACUAUAAUUAUAGGAAACAAAAAUAAACGCUCCAAGUUUUAAACGAGAUCGUCAGUUUUCUAAAAAUAGAAAUAUUUUCCAGGUUUCAAAGAACCCCGUGGACAGCUCCAUGUUGUCCUCUUUUGCAUCUUCGUGCCAAGAUGUCUGGAAAAUCGCCGAAAAAGUUCUUUCUAUCCAAAAACUCAAAGAGAAAUUCUCCUAAGUUCAUAAAUUGUCUUUUUCAAAUUGCUCUUUUUAUCAAUUUUGUCAUUUUUGUUUUAGAUUUUCACUAUAAUCAAUGGGUUUGUUUCUAUCUAAUUUUCAUUGAAUUGCCUCAGGGAAUUUUUUAUCAUAUUUAUUGUCCCAUCAUAUUCUUCUUUGUUAAAUUUUAUGUGAAAAAAGUUUUAUUCUUCGAUUUUUCAUCGCGACUUCAUUUGGUUUUACCAAGUGUCUCUACUGCAGAAUUAUGAAAUGACAGCUUUUUUCCUAUAACUGCAGGUCUAUUUUCUUUCGAGAAAUUUCAGAAUGAGCGAACUGAACUUUGAUAACACAGAAAGAUCUUUCGAAGAGUCCAAAACUGGAAGAAGAAAAUGAGUUUGAGCCAGAAAUUUUCUAAGGAAUGUAUGCCUGGAAACACGAUCGUUGACAAUUUCUCUAAUCUUCGCUUUUCCUUCCAAAAGAUUUCGUCUCUUUUCUACAAGGCGUCUUUCAAUCUUGCGAUCCGCCUGUAUGAAAAUCGUCCCGUGGAGGAAAGCGAAAAAACUUUCCGAGGUUUUCUUUUCUGAAUGAGAAAAUCCGAUUUGUAGGAAAAAAAGCUGAGCUGAGUUUCAAGGAGUCUGAAAUUGUGAGUUCGGCAGUUACAAAUUGCAUCGAUACGUAUGUCACUGUGCAUGGAAAAGAGCGAUUCAGUUAUCAUAGGAAAAUGCAGGUCUUUUUUUCUUGGUUUUCAAAUUUGAUAUUCAUUUUCAGAUGUAUGUACCGUCUCUUUUUCGACUCAUGAAUGAGGUUAAGAAUGGCCUGAAGGAGUUCGGAGACGAAGAGGUGGACGAGUUUCUAUAA